AUGGGAGAUUCGACUGGAAAGCGCAAGCAAGACACGGCCUCCAAUGGGUCCGGGUUCAAAAAGCAAAAGAAGGGACACGGGGGCAAAUGGAAGACAACCCACCAGCAAACCAAGGAUGCUACACAGAUUAAAAUGGGAAAAUCUAUUGACAUUGGAGACCAAGGGUUGUGGGUAACCUACGCCCGAGGUAUGAAAGUCAAGGCUGUGAAGGAAUUUACAAAAUUGUGCUUCCAGUACGGAGAAACCAUGUACGGUAUCGCACAGGAAGAAGAAAAUACCAACACGGACGCUAAGGAGGAGGAUGAGGUAGAAGAUAUCGAGGCAUCCAUUCAAAAGGAGCUGGAUGAUAUGAAAGCGUCGCAAAAGCCACAGCCUGGGGUGAGACUGUUCACACCAAUCACCACCAACAUAGAUUGCGUUUUCUUCAUGAAGGCACUAUCGCCAAUUGAACCAGAGAAAUUGGCCCUACAGAUAUGCGAGGAUGCGAGGGACUGUGCCGACAUUAGGAAGCGAAGAUGCCGGUACAUUAAUCGACUGACACCUGUUGUGGCUAGCGAUAAAGCCACUGAUAACGGCAUUAUCAGGAUUGCAAGAAAGGUGCUGGCCCCAUACUUUGAACUGAACCCGGCACCGGAUGCAGGCGAAGAGGCGUCGGAACAAGUCGACAAAGGUGCUUCCACAGGCGGUGAUGCACCACACACGUACGCAAUUCGAUACAACAUACGGAGCCAUGAUACAUUCACAUCCGAGGAUGUCAUCAAAAAGAUUGCCAGCGUGGUAAACCCUAAACACAAGGUGAACCUCGGCAAGCCUGACAAGGUUAUUCUUGUCGAGAUUUUCCAGCUGCACUGCGGGCUGUCCGUAGUUGAUGGAAACGCAUGGGAGGCUUUGAAAAAGUACAACGUCAACGCCCUGUACGAACUAAAACCGCCCACGUCAGAGGAUGAUGCUACAAAAGCUCAACAGGUAGAGGACAAGUCAUGA